GGAGAAAGAGCCCCACAAGCUCCUGAUCUGGGGGGAGAGACAAAGCCGGAGGGUCACACAGAUAUAAAUACCCCCCCCCCCCCCCCCCCCACUGGGGCACUGAGACUGCAAGAUAUUCACCAUGGAAACCAACCCCCCAUCCCGUGAGCGGUACCGGGCCGCCAUGUUGCUGAGUGCCGCCGGGGAUGCCCUGGGCUAUAGGAACCAGCUGUGGGAAUACUGCAAGUCUGGGCCCCAGAUACACGCCGAGCUGCAGGAACUGGGGGGGCUGGGCCGUGUCAGGGUGGCGCUCCCUGAUUGGCCGCUGAGUGAUGACACGGUGCUGCAUCUGGCGACGGCGGAGAGUCUUGGCACAGGGAAGCUGCAGGGGGCGCUGUACAUGGAACUUGCCUCUAGAUACGUAUCAGCCAUGUCCGACAUGGAGGGGAGGAAGCCGGGGCCCACCAGCAUUCUGGGGACCUCUCAGCUGCGCCCAGGGGAGCCGGGAGGGUACAGAAUCCCCUUUAACCCCUCGGCCACUGGCUGUGGGGCAGCAAUGAGAGCCAUGUGUAUUGGACUGAGGUUCCCUCGGCCCUCGGAUCUGCCCCAGUUGGUUGCCGUCAGCGUGGAGAGCGGGAAAAUGACGCACAAUCACCCCACAGGGUACCUGGGCUCUCUGGCUUCGGCUCUCUUUACCGCCCUCUCGGUGCAGGGGGUCCCCCUGGAGUUAUGGGGGUGCCGCCUACUAGAAGCCACCCCACUGGCCCUGAAGUACGUGCAGAGCACGGAGACCGACCCGGGGCAACAUGAGCAAGUCUGGGGGUAUUUCCAAGAGUCCUGGAAGAGGUACCUAUCUGAGCGGGGUCUGUCUCAGGGUUUGGGCCCAGCAGCCUUUCCAGCCGCUUACGGAGCCGCAGAGCGGGAUGUGGAGUAUAACAAGUGGAGCCUGGAUGGUUGGCCCGGGAGGAGUGGCCACGAUGCACCAAUGAUAGCCUACGAUGCGCUGCUGGGGGGCGGAGCCUCCUGGGAGGAGCUGUGCAGCAGAUCAAUGUUCCAUGGAGGUGACAGUGACUCCACGGGGGUGAUCGCCGGCUGCUGUUGGGGGGCUCGCUACGGCCUCUCGGGGGUGCCCCAGGGGAAUUACAUGGAGCUGGAGUACAGGCACAGGCUGGAGAGUGCGGCCGACACGCUGCACACGUUGGCAUGGGGGGGCACCGAGUAAAUCCCCACCGGAACCUCCAAAUACAACGUGCCCCCCAA